AAAACAAAAGGUAAAAAUGAGAAGGCCUCAUUUAAAACGGGUACCAUGAAAGACCCAUUUUUUUUAAUAUGAAUGCAGAAGAAAAGAGAGAGAUAGAUUUCAUCAACAUUCAAGUUUCCUCAUUACGAAUUUAUCAGAAAAAAAGAAGGUUUUCUAAUAUCCAAGGAGUUGUCUAUUUCAAUAUUCGUUCCCUCCUUUACUGAGAGUAGCAAAGAAUUUUAUUAUUAUUUUUUUUUUACCAAACUCUCUCGAUCACUAAAACUGGGUUGGACAUAGGAUUCUUACUGUUGUGAACAAGAGUGGGCACAGCUCAAGUUUUAGCCUUUAACGAAGAAGAAACAGAGAAAAAGUGGGUUUCUGAGCAGUGAAGGAGAUGAAGAAGUAUUUUAGAAAAAGAAAAUCCAAGCUUAAUAAAGAGGUUGAAGCAGAAGAUUGGUGUUUUUAUUGUAAAGAUGGAGGCGAAUUACUCAUUUGCGAUUACGGGAACUGUCUGAAAGUCUAUCAUCCACACUGUGUGGGAAAAGAUGAAUCUUGCUUAGAAAGUGGAGAACACUGGUUUUGUGGUCUGCAUUCCUGCUUGAUGUGCUAUAAAACCUCAAAGUUCCAGUGUUUUUGCUGUCCUAAUGCUUUCUGUGCAAAGUGCAUUAACUCUUUUGAGUUUGUACGUGUUAGGGAUGAUAGCGGAUUUUGUAAGAACUGUGUUAGGUUUAUCCUACUUGCAGAGCAAGAUGAGGUUUAUGACUCUAAUGGGGUUAAGAUAGAUUUCAAAGAUAGAGAAACACGUGAGGGUCUGUUCAAAGAGUAUUGGGACAUAGUUAAGGAGAAAGAAGGCUUGACUCUAGAUGAUAUUCAUGCCGCAAAUAAGAGGUUAAAGAAGAAUGAUGGUCCAGUUUUAAUAGAAAAUAGCAGUGAUGAAGAAGACAGUGACUUCGUAGUAGAUGAGUCCAAAGGUGCUGUAAAACGAAAGCCAUCAGCUAAGAGCAAGAUAUCUAAGAAAGAAGAGUUUAUUGGAUGGGCAUCCAAACCGCUUAUUGAGUUUCUAAAAUACACUGGUAAAGAUACAACCAAACAAAUGUCCCAGUAUGAAGUGGAUGCCAUCGUCAAGGGGUACAUUCAAGAAAAGAAUCUUUUCCACCCAGAAAAUAAGCACAAGGUUCUUUGUGAUGAAAGGCUCUAUUCUCUUUUCCGAAAGAAAUCAUUGAUAAAGAAGAAAAUAUUUUUUCUUUUGGAUGCCCAUUUUGUUGAGAACUUGGAUGAAUCAGAGUCUAGUGAUUUCAUAGAUGAAGACGUAGAGCAUUUUCAAGACAGCAAUCAAAAUGUUGUUAUGUCCUGUAAAAAGCAGAGAACUGUUAGCCCGACUAGGAAGUAUCAGGAAGAGGAAACUGAUCAGAAAGAGGAAGCUGAUAUGCGAAGCUGCUUUGCAUCUAUAAUUUCUGAUAAUAUCAAACUAAUCUAUCUAAGGAGGAGUUUAGUGGAGGAACUAUCAAAGCAGCCUGAAAAUUUUGAAGAAAAGGUAGUUGGAAGUUUUGUUAGAGUAAAAACAGAUCCCAGAGAUUAUAGACAAAAGAAUUCUCACCAGCUUUUGACUGUAACAGGUGUUGAAAGAUCUUCUACUGGUGAAAUCCUCCUAAAAUGUUCUCGUAUGUCUUUUAUAGAAGACUUUAGUAUCUGUAUGCUUUCAGAUUCCGACUUCACUGAGGAAGAAUGCCAAGAUUUUGGAGAAAAGAUAGCCAAAGGCGUACACAAAAAACUUACUGUUGUUGAGGUUGAGGAGAAGGCUAAAAUUCUGCAUGCAGACAUUACUAAGCAUUGGAUUAAGAGAGAGCUGAUUGUCCUGAAGAAUUGCAUCGAUCAUGCAAAUGAGAAGGGGCGGAGAAGAGAAUUGUUAGAGUUCUUAGAACGAAGAGAUCGACUUGAAAAUCCAUCCGAACAGGAAAAAUUACUACAAGAGUUGCCGAAGGUCACUGCUGAAGCUUUGGAGGCAGAAAUAGAAACUGAUGAUACAGGGGCUAAAAUUCUGUACUUUUGAGAAAAUGGAAGCUGAGUUAUGGUCCAUUUGAUUUUGUGAAUGUCUUAGUUUUUGGAACUGAAUUGACCACUUGGGGUGAUUAAUUUAAGAUAAGCUGUUAGCUGUACUCUUAUUUUUUUGUAUAUGCCAUCCAUUCCAUGUUGAUGGCCUACCCAGGUUUUAUCCUAAUCUUUGCAAUAUGUGAAGAUUCUAAUCUUAUCAGUUGUACAUAUGUCUUUGACACAUUUUCUAUCCAAAAUUCUAAUAUAAUGCACCUGGUAUAGAUGGGCCAGUUUUAUUUA